AUGGAGUUCCUAAGUUGUGUAUUUCUCCUUGUGUUGACAUUCACUCUUGCACAAGCUUUGCGUUCUCUGCUUUCAAGAGGCAAAAAUAAUGCAAAGUACAAGCUCCCACCAGGGCCUUCACCUCUUCCUAUAUUGGGAAACCUCCUUGCAUUGGGGAAAAAGCCCCACCAAUCACUGGCCAAACUUGCUCAUAUUUAUGGUCCAAUAAUGAGUCUAAAGUUAGGACAAGUAACCACUAUAGUUGUCUCUUCACCAGAAAUGGCCAAAGAGGUUCUUCAAACCCAUGAUCAGUUCUUGUCAAACCGAGCAGUUCCCGAAGCUGCGGCAGUUCACAACCACGAAAAGUAUGGCAUUGCCUUCUUGCCUGUUUCGCCUCUGUGGAGAGACCUAAGGAAACUAUGCAAUACUCAGUUAUUCUCCAAUAAGUCUUUGGAUGAAAGUCAAGAACUCAGGCGUAACAAGUUGCAAGAACUCAUUCAUGAUAUCCAACAAAGCAGCUUAAUUGGUGAAGCAGUAGAUAUUGGAAGAGCAACUUUCAAUACCGCGAUUAAUUUAUUAUCAAACACUAUUUUCUCUGUAGAUUUGUUUCAGUCUGCAGGUUCAGUUGGAGAGUUCAAGAAGUUAAUUGUGAAUAUCAUGGAAGAAGGUGGAAAACCAAACUUGGCUGACUUUUUUCCUGCACUAAGGAAGGUUGACCCACAGCGCAUUAAGAGUCGCAACGGUUCCUACAUUGGGAAGAUCAUUGACAUCAGCAGCCGUUUGGUUGAUCAACGGUUGAAGCAAAGGGAAGUUCAAGGUUUUGACACAAACAAUGACAUGCUGAAUACCUUGCUCAACAUUGCUCAAGACAACACUCAAGAGAUGGACAGAACCCAAAUUGAACAUUUAUCUCUGACCCUAUUUCUCGGGGGAACGGAUACAAUUAAAUCAACGGUAGAAUGGACAAUGGCAGAAUUACUCAAAAAUGAAAAGGCUAUGUCAAAAGUGAAACAAGAGUUGGAGCAAACCAUUGGCAAAGGUAAACAUGUUGAGGAAUCAGAUAUUGCAAGGCUUCCUUAUUUACAAGCUGUAAUAAAGGAGACCUUACGAUUGCACCCUCCCGUCCCAUUUUUAAUCCCACGGAAAGCCAUUGCAAAUGUGGAGAUUAGUGGCUACACAAUCCCAAAAGAUGCAAACGUGCUAGUCAAUGUGUGGGCUAUUGGCAGAAAUUCAAGUAUCUGGAAGAAUGCAAAUGUGUUUUCACCAGAGAGGUUCUUAAGCUCAGAAAUUGAUGUUAAUGGUCGCCAUUAUGAGCUAACACCAUUUGGUUCUGGCCGUCGAAUUUGUCCUGGCUAUCCGUUGGCCUUGAGGAUGCUGUAUUUGAUGUUGGGUUCACUACUCAACUGUUUUGACUGGAAACUUGAAGAUGGUGUGAAAAUAGAUGAUAUGAACAUGGACGACAACUUUGGUCUAACUUUAGGAAAGGCUCAACCUGUGAGAAUUAUUCCAGAGAAAAUAAGCAAUUCAUGUCUCUGA